GCCAGCGAGGGAGCCGGAGCGAACAGGAGGAGGAGGAGGAGGCCGCGUCGCCGCCGCUCGGAGCCCGGCCGGAGCCUCCCAGGUACAUGGUGCGGGUCCGAGCCGUGGUGAUGGCCCGAGAUGACUCCAGUGGGGGCUGGCUGCCUGUGGGGGGCGGGGGCCUCAGCCAGGUGAGCGUGUGUCGGGUCCGAGGGGCCAGGCCCGAGGGGGGGGCCCGCCAGGGGCACUACGUCAUCCACGGGGAGCGCCUCCGGGACCAGAAAACUACCUUGGAGUGUACCUUGAGGCCAGGCCUGGUCUACAACAAGGUGAACCCCAUCUUCCACCACUGGAGCCUGGGCGACUGCAAAUUUGGGCUGACGUUUCAGAGUCCCGCCGAGGCCGAUGAGUUCCAGAAGAGCCUGCUGGCUGCGCUGGCCGCACUGGGUCGAGGCUCGCUCACCCCCUCCUCCUCCUCCUCCUCCUCCUCUCCUUCCCAGGACACCGCAGAGACCCCCUGCCCGCUGACAUCCCACGUGGACAGCGACUCCUCCUCCAGCCACAGCCGCCAGGAGACGCCUCCCUCCGCCGCCUCGGCGGCCCCCAUCGUCACGGUGGACUCAGCUUCCGGCUUUGGGCCGGCCACACCUCCCCAGCGCCGCCGCUCCUCUGCUCAGAGCUACCCUCCACUUCUACCGUUCACAGGGAUUCCAGAGCCCUCAGAGUCCCCGGCCGGGGCAGGGGGCCCGGGCUGGGGCGGCCGCGGCUAUGAGGAUUACAGGCGCUCUGGGCCGCCUGCGCCCCUCGCCCUAUCCACCUGCGUCGUGCGCUUCGCCAAGACCGGUGCGUUGAGGGGUGCAGCCCUGGGGCCCCCAGCAGCACUUCCCGCCCCUCUGGCCGAGGCUGCGCCCCCAGCACCUCCGGCUCGCCCACCGCCGGGCCCCGGCCCCGCCCCCGCACCCGCCAAGGCCUCCCCAGAGACCGAGGAGGCGGCUCGCUGCGUGCACUGCCGGGCGCUCUUCCGCCGCCGUGCGGACGGGCGUGGGGGUCGCUGCGCGGAGGCCCCGGACCCGGGUCGCCUACUGGUGCGCCGUCUCAGCUGCCUGUGGUGCGCCGAGAGCUUGCUCUACCACUGCCUGUCGGACGCCGAGGGCGACUUCUCGGACCCAUGCGCCUGCGAGCCGGGCCACCCACGCCCCGCCGCGCGCUGGGCCGCACUGGCCGCGCUCUCCUUGGCGGUGCCCUGUCUGUGCUGCUACGCGCCCCUGCGCGCCUGCCACUGGGUCGCGGCGCGGUGCGGCUGCGCUGGCUGCGGGGGUCGCCACGAAGAGGCUGCACGGUGAGGAUGGCCUGGAAGGUCCGGUAGCCGGACCCGGGACCCGGAAUUGAGGGUCCAGGACCCCGGACUCAGUUCGGACCUAAAACGCAAACCUAGGCACAUCUGGAACUUGGAGCUUGAGUUUGGAUUGAGAGAUCGCAGACCCGGAAUCUGGGCCCCAAACCUAGGAUUGUGCGGCUCCAGACCCGGCUUCGUUGGGACGUCGGUCUCAAGAGGUCUCAGGCGUCCUGAGUUCUGGCGUCCCCCUCCCCACCCCCAGGAGACACUCGGAUCUCCAGACUGCACCGCAGAGGGCCCCAGGGACACAAGGGGCCCUGAAAGAUGCAGGGCCCUUGAACCCUGAACCCCCGUCCAAAGCUCAGAUUAUAGCCCCAGAAUUAGUCUGGACUUGCCAGUUCCUGAUCCUCCCCUUAUCCAACUACUCCCAGAUCCCAAGACGUAAGACCCAGAAUCACCCCCAACAAUGGUCCCUGAAUAUUGGUCUAAGCCCUGGUGCACCCACAUCUGAGAUGUUCUUGUAGCCCCGAGACCCCUGAGACAGCAAAUCCUCCUGGGGUUGAGACUCUGAUCUGGGCCGGAAUCACCAGAUGCCGGCCCCAAGUCUGCCCAUUCCUGAGUGCCCACGCUCCCCACAGACCUGGCCUUCAAUCCAGGAGCACAGACGGCCUAGGAACCCCGAGCUCUUAAGAUGCAGAGUCCUUGGAUGUGUUCCAACCUGUGCCCAAAAUGACUGGGGGGCCCAUCCCAGAGGCUCCCCAAGAUCCAGGAUGCUCUGGCAGCCAAGGAAUCCAACACCUCCAUAGAUCCCCCCAAGCUGGCGUUCUCAGGAGCUGUAGGACAGGUGUCUGGUACCCUCAGGGGCGCCGCUGUGGACGGCCACCAGCCCCUCAGGACCCAAGACACUGGUCUCAAGUCCUCCAGUUGUCUUCUUGUCCCCCUUGGGCCUGAGAACUUUGGCUUCCUUCAACCCACACAUCCCCAACCCUUUUGAGGCCGGAUGGGAGUCCAGCUCCCAGAACAUGGGAUAGUCAUGGCAACCCAGUUCUCUGGCCUAUUGGUCCCCAGCCCCCACGUGACCCCCAAGGUGCUUUAGGAGCACUGGAUUGAAGAUCCCAAGGUGCCAUUGACACCCCCCUCCCAGAUGCAGGGCCCAAGCCCGCACAACAUGGGGUUAGUUCCUGAUCCAAGACUUUGGUCCCUUCACCCCAGAGAUGUUCAAACCUGAGACGCCUGGGACACUGGUGCCCUCAGACCGUCUAGCCUGGUGAAGCCCCGGAGGUUCCUGGACGGCCAAUGCCCCAGGCCCUGCUUUGCAGCCUCUGAAACCCUGCUGCUCCUUGCAUCCUGCCAUCUAAGGUUCCCACGACGCCAGCCCAAGCACCCAGUAGUCCCCAGAGUCACCCCUCUAUCCUAGGGGAAGAAGACAACCACUUGCACUCAGAUUCCUGGAUUCCAGGACCACCCAGGAGCUCCCCCAUGCCCACCUGUAGGACCCAGCCUUGCCAGGGCGUUGUGCAGGCUGUUCAGUGAGCAAAAGGACACGGCGAGCGAGCUGGUGAGUGCGGCUGGGGCUUGCACCCUGGUCUGCCGGCCAAGCUCAGUGCUCAGAGGCAGGUGUGCCUUUUUCUCAUUUGCACCAAGGCACCUUUGGGACUAGUUAUGGCUCUGCUGGGAACCUGUAAACCACCCCCCCACCCCCCCGUAUUGAGCCCUAGUCCUGGCCCAAGUCUUGCCUUUUAUGUUCUGCACCUGCUCUUCAGCUCCUUGGUCAUCUCAGAGUCAGGGCUGUGUCAGGGAGUUUGGAAGCCUGGUUCACGGUCCUCCGAGACUCCUCAGGAAGAGGUGUGCCACAGUCUCAGGACCUGGUGUCCUGUAAGGGAGGGUCAAGGUCUUGGAGCAAGACAUUCUCAGUCGUUUUUUGGGCUUGGGACCUGCAGCCGGCCCCAGGCAUCUGGAAAUGUACACUCAACUUUCUUCAUCACCCAGACUUGGAUGUCCUUUGGGGUUCAAGGGGUGGAUCCUCCCGUCACUUCCUUUAAAUUAUUAGCUAUUUAUUACAUCCGGAACCUGUGAGAUUCAGCUCUCCCAACCAGACCCUGAUCCCAGGGUGAGAGAGAAGGGGAGAGGUGUCCCUCCCAUCCCCACUGCCCAGCUCUCAUCACUGUCAGACCCACCAGAGCUGAGGGCGGAGGGGCUGGGGGCUGGGGCUGCCUGGGUCCCCAUCCCCCUCUCUGUGCCUCGGUCUCCCCCCUUCCGUGGUGGGCGGGGGGAAGCUCCAUUCUUAACCUACCUCGUUUUGGGGAGGGUAGGACGGAAGACCAGAGUGCUGUACGGUGCUGUGGGAUCUGCGGGUGAAGCGGGGAGGGGGUCGGCAAAGUCCCCCCGGCCCCCACUCCCCAGCACCGCCUCUCCCGGGUCUCCUGCUCCUGCUCCCUGCUGCCACCCACCUCUGAUCCAUGAUUUCCCUUCAUCGCCCCCAGUCGGGGGUGCUUGGAGGACUGACCCUGGGAGCCAGGAAGACCUCAGGCCCUGGAGGCCCCAGGCUUAGUUUCCCAGCUGCUUGCCCCUCGGAUUGGAUGCCUGGCCCCCAGACUUGGAGGGGGAGGCACCCCAACAUUUAUCUUCCUGAUCUUGAUUCCAAGCCAGUCUGUGACUUCAACAUUGUUAGCAUCAGCACAGGCUGAAGCGGUGGGGGACGACGGGGGACGAAGACCCAGUCUUGUCAUCGGGGGCGGGGGGCAUGAGAUCCACUCCAAGAACUGUCUGUGACAAAGUUUUAGGCUCUGUUGGUUAUUUGCCUUGGCGCGCCCCGUCUGCUCACCUCCAUUCUCCUUUCCCCUCCACAUCCUUAAGUCCCAAGCACCCCCU